CCAGAGAAGCCAUGCCCUCUCACCACCAUAAGAAGAACAGAGACCCCCACAGAAGUAAACAUUCACACAGGCACCAUGUGACACCCAAACAACAAGACCGUACUGCUAGUACAUCUGAGGAGACUAGGGGUGUGGAUGAUGAUGACAACAGCAGCCUGUCAGUAGAGAGAGAAGAUACCAGCAGCCUGUCAGGGAACGGGUCAGAGGUCGGCAGUGUUGAAUCUAGAGACCAGGGAGAUGGGGCAUCUGCCAUUGAGCCCAGCCUGGACAGUGCAGCUGUGAAGUGGGUGGGGCCAGUCAGAGCACCCCUCCUGUCAAUCAAGACAGAAAUCAACAUCCCAUUGGUGCUGUUGACUGUUGUUGCCAUGGCAACUAGAAUGUGGAGACUGGAGUAUCCCAACAGUGUGGUGUUUGAUGAGAUGCACUUUGGCAGGUUUGCCAGCAUGUACAUCAGGAGAACAUUCUUCUUCGAUGUCCACCCUCCAUUAGGGAAACUCAUCAUUGCUUUUGGAGCCUACCUCGGUGACUUCAGUGGGAAUUUCACCUGGGAGAGAAUAGGAGCAGACUACCCGUCGGCUGUCCCAGUGUGGUACCUGCGACUGUUCCCUGCCUUGUUUGGUAGUCUGCUGGUACCGCUGACCUACCAGACCACAGUAGAACUGGGGUACAACCACUGGACGGCUACCCUGGCUGGGGGCAUGGUGCUGUUUGAAAACAGUCUGGUAACCCAGAGCAGGUUCCUGUUGAUAGACAGUUUCCUACUCUUCUUCAUCCUGGCCACUCUGCUGUGUCUGCUCAAGUUCUGGAGACUCAAACAUAGUCCCUUUUCUCCAUCAUGGUGGGCCUGGUUGGCUGGAACUGGUGCCAUGUUAGCCUGUGCCUGCAGUGUGAAGUAUGUGGGUGUCUUCACUGUCCUGUUAGUCGGGGGGAUGAUCUUUCAUGAACUCUGGACUUUGAUAGGAGACAAGAGGCUGACAGUGCAUGACCUUACGUCCCAUUUCCUGGCGCGUGCUGGCCUGCUGGCUGUCCUCCCUGUGCUGCUGUACCUCCUGCUGUUUAACCUCCACCUGGAGCUGGCCAACAGGAGCGGGCCUCACGAUGAGAUGAUGACGAGUGCCUUCCAGGCUACAUUAGAGGGUGGUUUAUCGAGAAUAACCAAGAGCCAGCCCGUCAGUAUAGCGUACGGUUCCCAGAUCACGUUACGCCACACCCACGGGAUGUUCCUGGGCCGGCCCUGCUGGCUCCACUCCCACCUCUCCACCUACCCCGUCCGUUACCAUGACAACCGAGGCAGCUCCGCCCAGCAGCAGGUCACAUGUUACAGCUUCAAGGACAUCAACAACUGGUGGAUCGUCAAGGACCCACGCAGAACGACCCUGUAUGUGGACGACCCUCCCAAGCUGAUCCACCAUGGUGACAUCAUACAGCUGGUACAUGGGACGUCCUCCAGGGCUCUCAACAGUCACAAUGUGGCAGCCCCCGUGUCACCCUACAGUCAGGAGGUCACAUGUUACAUUGACUACAACAUCAGCCUACCUGCACAGAAUCUGUGGAGAGUGGAGUUAGUGGACAGUGCAGAUGAAGGUGACACCUGGAAAAGUAUCCAGUCUCACAUCAGGCUGGUUCAUGUCAACACAACUGCAGCACUCAAGGUGAGUGGACUACAGUUACCAGACUGGGGGUUCCACCAGCUGGAGGUGGUGUCUGACAGGCUCAUCCAGCAGGACGCUACUGUCUGGAACGUGGAGGAACACAAGUACACACAAGUGGAUCAGGCAGAUGUUGUUGGCAACAAUGAAGAGACGUUUAAUCAGGCGACAUAUGAGGACACCAUGGACGACCAGCCCCUCAUGGGCUUCCUGGGGAAGUUUGCAGAACUGCAGUGGAAAAUGCUGUCUACCAACAAGGAGCUUCAGCAGGAACACAAGUACUCAUCCAGCCCUGCAGAAUGGCCGCUCAUGGAGAGGGGCGUGGCCUACUGGCUACAUCCUAGAACUAAUGCACAGAUCCAUUUCAUGGGGAACCCUCUGGUGUGGUGGUCUGGAGUGGUGGGAAUUCUGGGAUACGUGGCUCUGCUGGGGGUAUUUCUGGUGCGCAGGAGGAGGGCGUGUUUCGACAUGGACGAUGAGUCCUGGCAGAGGUACAUCCUUACAGGAGAGUUAGUGCUGGGUGGCUGGGUGCUGCAUUAUGUACCAUUCUUCCUCAUGGAGAGAACACUGUUCCUGCACCACUACCUCCCUGCACUGGUCUUCAAAAUACUCCUACUCGCUGUCAUGGUAGAAAACAUCCACACACAUGUACUCAGAUGGCCUGUCCACAGACAUGUCUUCUCAGCCCUCUGUGCUGUCUGGGUCACUUGUAUAUACUUCACAUACAGGAAAUUUGCCCCACUGACUUAUGGGAACUCUGACCUGUCAGCUGAUGAGGUCACCGACCUCAAGUGGUUGGAAUCAUGGGAUUUACUCAUCCAAGUUUUAUGAGGAAUGUACCAAGGUGGAAAGAAAAGGGGGUUUCUCAAUCCUGUUCUUUAAAAGAUGAAUACAACAACUUAAAGACACAA